AUCUUUCAUCACUCUACUAAGUUAGCUUCACGUUGGGUGAAGAUAUAUGUAAAUGAGACAAUACAUAUCUAUCGGGUUAAGAGGACAUCAAGUUCUGUGAAUAAAGAAGUCGAUUAUUUUGAAUUAAUAAUCUUAAUUGGAUAACAGUCAACUACAAUAUGGAUUACAUAAGAGAAUUUGACAUAAGAUUAGAUAAAGAAAUGUUUUAUGCAGGAGAAAUUUUGGAAGGCCACGUGGUUUUAGACACAAUUGAAAAUUUCAAAUUGAAAUCAGUUAGAAUCGUCCUCAGGGGCAAAGCUCAUGCGGAAUGGCAAGUGUUGGUCAGCGGUGAUCGUUCAGCAAUAAAAGACGAUCAAUACUUCAUCGACAAUCGAUCACUAAUCUUCGGAAAAGUAGACCGGCAAGACGGUCCCGCUCCAAUUCUACCGCGUGGAAUUCACCACUUCCCGUUCAAGUUUCAACUUCCUCAAAGCUCGCUGCCGUGUUCAUUCGAGAGCAAACCCGGAUAUGUUAGAUACUAUAUCAAGGUCACACUCGACAUACCGUACGCGUCGCCUCCGCAAGGCAUGAAAUACUUUACUAUCAUAGGACCGCACAUUGACUGCAUGGAUGAUCAAUAUCUGAAGCCAAUAGGUGCGCUGGAAAAACGAACUAAAUGCUUUUUAUGCUGCAAAAGCAAUAAAAUAGUAUUGCAAUGCCUACUAGAGAGGUCAGCAUACGUAUGCGGCGAGGCGCUGAGACUAAAAGCCAACAUAAAAAACCAAAAUGAAAAGGACAUCAGACUUAAAGUCAGAUUACUGCAGAACGUACAUUAUUCGGUGGAACGCGGCAUGCUGGGCGUUCAAAAUCAAAAAGACGUCCAACACUCGGUGUUGGAGUACAUCGGCGAACCGAUACACACUGGAUGCGAGUCGCAAUGGGAUUCCGCCGACGGCCUGGUCCUGCCAGUGAUGCCACCUACAUUGAUCGGCAACUGCAGGCUGUUACAAAUAUAUUACCUACUCAAGGUUUGCGUGGAUUUGGGAAAGGGAGACGAAGACCUCAACAUAACGUUCCCGAUAACAAUAGCCACUGUGCCAUUCAGGAUACCAAACUGUAACAAGACUCCUCAAAUAUUUUACAGUGUCGCGUGCGAUCACGUGGAGGGCGGUAGGUAUAUCGGUCCUGAGUUUUUGCUGGGCGGUCACGUUUACGACGGGUCGCAGACCGAACAGAUCGUCCUGUACCGGCCGGUGUACGUGAGCGUACGUCAUCCGAACUGCAAUAAUUCGACGUCGGUGGCGGCGGAGACUGCGACGACGACGACGACUGGGACAACGACGACGACGACGACGACGACGACCGGGACGAUAACGACCGCGUGAACGAAUGCAAAUUCGACGGCGGCGGAUUUACGAUUUAUUUUAUUGUAGUUUAUUAUUUCUCCGGUCGACAGUAAAAGACGGUAGAACCGUCGCGUGUGCGUUUUCAGGGGGAGACGGGCAGUGCAAUUGAAUUAUUGCGAUUUGCAGCAUCAUCUACAGCAUUAUUCCUAAUGCAAUUCGAGGAUUAAAUUAUUAUUUAUAUGUUUAAUAUUUUAGAUUUGAGACACCCUGCACACGUGUAGAUGUUUAGUCUGCGCGUGUGCCUACACCUUACUGGUGUAUUUCGGUUUUAGCGUACCUCAGUUCGUCGCGGUAAAUUGGUUUCGGUGUACCUACCCCACUUCAUUAACCAAUUCAGCUGAGACGGGAAAUCCGCCUGUAGCCCCUGGUAUAAUAAUUUUAAACGUGGUCCAAACUCUUUCUUGUUAUCUCUAAAAGAACUAACUCUGAAACUGUCGCCAAAAUUGGUCCAUAAACUACAAGUAUACAAGCAUUGUUUUUUGUUGUACGUUUUAGUAACAAACGAUCAAUUAAAUAACAUUUUAUUUAUUUAAAAAAAAAAUCCCAAAAGGCUACCAUGGGUUUGAAUCUAUACAUAUACCUAGUUUAACACACUCACUUGAAAAUAUUGACUUUAUUGUUUUUGAUUUACGUAGUUCAGUGAUCUAGAAAUAAUAGUGCAAUAUUGCAAUCAAAAUGUAUAGUCGUGUAAAGCCUUUUGAAGUUCGAAUUUUAAACUAACGACACGCGUGUAGUUACAUAACCCUAUCGAUAUUUUAAAAAUUCACAAUAGUGUUAACAAUUAUAAUGAUUGUACGAUAUAAAGGUAUAAAUUAGG